UACAUAAGACAGUUCUCAAAUUUUUUCCAGUAAAAUAAAUUCCGGGUCUAAUAUCGAUAUGUUAAAAUUAAAUAAGUGGAUAUUUGCAUUGAUUAUUUGCUUUAUAAUUGUCAAAAAUUCAUCUGGGCUACCCAGGAAUUCUUCUCUUCGUGGUCAUGGAGAUAAAUGCAGUACAGAUAGCGAUUGUGCUUCAAUAAACGGUCGUUGUUCACGUCGUCAUAAAUGUGUUUGCAAACGUUCAUAUACUUUUUCAUAUGGAAAAUGCACUGCAACUCUUGGCGCCCAUUGUGAAAAACCUUCAGACUGUAACAUUGAAAAUGUCUCUUGUUUAGACAAGAAAUGUUUUUGUCCAGAAAACAUGCAUUUAGCUAGAAAUAAAACUUCUUGUAUAAAAACCGCUAUAGCUCUUGGUGAUUUUUGUGAACAAGCUAAAGAUUGUCAGAAUGUUGAGCACUCAGAUUGUUCUAGUGGCAAGUGCGAGUGUAAAGAUAAUUAUUUUGAACAGGACGAACAAUGCGUUAAAGGAAUAGGCGCAAAUUGUACACAGGAUUCCGAGUGUAAGGUAAUUGGUUCAGAGUGUACUGAAAAAAAAUGCCACUGCUUAGAAAAUAUGCAUCCAGCUAAUAAUCGAUCCUAUUGUAUAAGAAACGCUGCAGUUCCCUUUGAUUUCUGUGAAAAAGAUGACGAUUGUAGUGCCGUAAUGCAUACAAGUUGUGAUGAUAAAAAAUGUGAGUGCCAGGAACCGUAUUUUGCAAGCAAUGAAAAAUGCGUUGCAGAACUUGGCGCUUAUUGUGAAAAACCUUCAGAUUGUAACAUAGAAAAUGUCUUUUGUUCUGACAAGAAAUGUUUUUGUCCAGAAAACAUGCAUUUAGCUGAAAAUAAAACUUCUUGUAUAAGAAACGCUACAGCUCUUGGUGAUUUUUGUGAACGAGCUGAAGAUUGUCAGAAAGUUGAGCACUCAAAUUGUUCUAGUAGUAAAUGCGAGUGUGAAAAUAAUUAUUUUGAACAGAACAAACAAUGCGUUAAAGGAAUGGGCGCAGAUUGUACAAAUAAAUCUGAGUGCAUGGUAAUUGAUUCUGAGUGUACUGGAAAUAAAUGCAGUUGCCCAAAAAAUAUGCAUUUAGCUCUAAAUGAAACCUCUUGUAUAAAAAACGCUACAGUUCCCUUCGAUUUCUGUGAAAAAGAUGACGAUUGUAGUGCCGUAAUGCAUACAAGUUGUGAUGAUAAAAAAUGUGAGUGCCAGGGACCGUAUUUUGUAAGCGAUGAAAGAUGCGUUGCAGAACUUGGCGCUUAUUGUGAAGAACCUUCAGAUUGUAACAUUGAAAAUGUCUUUUGUUCUGACAAGAAAUGUUUUUGUCCAGAAAACAUGCAUUUAGAUAAAAAUAAAACUUCUUGUAUAAAAAACGCUAGAGCUCCCCUCGAUUUCUGUGAAGAACAUAAAGAUUGUAGUCCCAUAAUGCAUACAAGUUGUGAGAAUAACAAAUGUAUGUGUAAAGGAAAUUAUUCCGCGAUAUAUGAUAAAUGCGUUGUAAAACUUAACGCACCCUGCAACGAACAUACAGAUUGUAAUAUUGAAUAUGCCAUUUGUUCAGACAAAAAAUGUUCUUGUCCAGAAAACAUGCAUUUAGCUGUAGAUGAAACUUCUUGCGUAAGAAACGCUACAGCUCCUGGUGAUUUUUGUGAACUAUCUCAAGAUUGUCAGAAUGUUAUGCACUCAAUUUGUUCUAAUAGUAGUAAGUGCGAGUGUAUAGAGAACUAUGUGGAACAAGGCAAACAAUGUGUUGCAACAAUCGGAAUUCCGUGUAAACAAAAUAAUGAUUGUCAACUUUUGAAUACUUUAUGUUACGGAAGCACUUGUCAGUGUGAAAAGCAAUACGUUGCUUUGUCCAACAAACAAUGCAAGGAGAUUUCCAGUUACGGAAAUUCUUGUACCGAUCAAAAACAAUGUGCCUGUAAAAACUACCCCCAUUGUUUCCUGAACGAGACUUAUAUUGAUCUUGUUUGUUCCGAAAAAUGCGAAUGUCCAAACGAUUACCAUUAUAUUCCCGAAAAAUUCUCUUGUGUUCAUACUGCAAAAGCUUUAAAUGACCAAUGCGAUACCGAUGACAACUGUAAAUUACUAAGAUAUUCAAUUUGCUCUAAUAAAAAAUGCACAUGCGCGAAAAAUCACUUUGUGCAAAACGAAGAAUGCGUCAAAGGAUUUGGCGCCGAUUGUUCACGUAACAGCGACUGUCGAGUGAUUAAUUCUCUUUGUACUGCCUCUAAAUGCAGUUGCCCAAAAAAUAUGCAUUUAGCUCUAAAUGAAACCUCUUGUAUAAAAAACGCUAUAGUUCCUUCCGAUUUAUGUGAAGAAGAUAAAGAUUGUAGUGCCGUAAUGCAUACAAAUUGUUCAGGCAACAAAUGUAAGUGCCAGAAACAGUAUUUUGCAAGCAGUGAAAAAUGCGUUGCAGAACUUGGCGCUUCCUGCGACAAACCUUCAGAUUGUAACAUUGAAAAUGUCUCUUGUUCAGACAAAAAAUGUUCUUGUCCAAAAGACAUGCAUUUAGCUCUAAAUAAAACUUCUUGUAUAAGAAACGCUGCAGCUGUUGACGAUUUCUGUGAAAAAAAUGAAGAUUGUGGUUCCGUAAUGUAUACAAAUUGUCAAAAAAAUAAUUGCGUAUGCAAAAAUGAUUAUUGCCAGAAAAAUGGAAAAUGUGUUGGAAACCUUGGCGCUUCUUGCAGCAAUAUCGCAGAUUGUGAUACAGAAAGUAAAUUAAACUGCAUUGAUAAAAAAUGUUCAUGCAUCGAAAAUUACUUUCUAUCUGAUGGUCGCUGCAAACAAGCUUUAAACACACCUUGUUCAGGUGACGAUGAUUGUUCAGGGGUAAUAAAUGCUCGGUGUAUUGAUGAAACUUGUAACUGUAUGGUCCAUAACGUUCAAGUAUCAACUACACGCUGCAUGCCAGUUUCUGCUUUCAACGAGGGAUGUGACUAUGAUGUACAAUGUACUGAGCUCACACCAAAUGCAAUUUGUAAAUCAUUACAUCCAACAGAUGGCGCUGAUAGCGAAAAACAAAAGCAGUGUCAAUGCAGCGACGGUCAACACUAUCAAGGCAACGGCUGCUAUGCAACUAAAAAAUUAGGCGAAAAUUGUGAUAAUUUGUAUGAAUGUUUCGUCACAUCCAAACCUGAGACGGUUAAAUGUCAAAAUCAAUGCAUUUGUUCUGAAGAAUAUAAGGCACUAAAUGAUACUUAUUGCAGUGGCGCAGGAAGUAUUGUCGCUUCAAUUUUAUUAAUGAUUUCAAUGUUUACUAUCAAAUAUAUAUUUUAAUAAGAUAUUAUUGUUACAGUGUAAUUUUUUUCCGAUAAUUUAAUAAAAAUAUUAAUUCUA